AUGGAACUCAAGUAUUUCCCCAAAAGUAUAUGGGUUGGGAAGCGCAUUGACUUUCAGGACGCUGGUUCCUCGUGGAUACUAAGGGAAAAACUAACAGAACACUCCUACCGUCUUUCCAAGAAAGACGCCGAUGAAUACGAAACUACCCCGAGUGCUGGUGCAACCUUUAAAUGCCAGAAUCUCAAGAACCCUGCCCAGGAGGCCCUUAUGAAGAUCCAUAUCCAAGUCCCUUACAGCGGCACAGAGUUCCGCCCCUUAACAUCUGCCAACGUCCCAGAAGACUUGGAGGAAUAUAUCAAGGCUCUUCGGCGCCUUCGUGACUGCAAGUUCACACCUAAUCUUCUGGAGCAUAAAGUGGAUGUCCAAGAGGAGGACAGACUUGUUCCACGCGGCUGGAGCGUCUAUUUGCUCACCACAGCCGUUCCUGGAAUUCCACUUGCUAUAGAGGGCUCCCGGUACGAAUAUGAAAACCAACUCACGUUCCUCGUUCCAGACGGGGAGUUUUGGAAGAACCUGGAUAGACCCACCCAAGAUGAGAUUAGAACUCAAUUUGAGGCUGCCUACAAGACGAUCAACACCCAAUUCGAGCCUUUCGGUGACAAGUACGUCACCAAAAGCCCUACUCCUUGGAGUACCCAAUACUUCGGCGUCUAUGGUUUGGCGCUGAGACCGCAAAGUCUUCGUUUCCCAUACGAUCCGACAAUGACUGUUCCACAACUGGAAAAGAUCGGGUGGAGGUUUUAG